CUCAGCACACACGUAGCUAGAUAUGGCUAGCGCAUAGCAUGUCAAUUCUUAAACAAAACAAAAAAGAAUCAGUCAUCCGACAAUUUUUUUUGAGGGAAAAUUGACAGCCUCCAGUUCAAAGACUACAAAUGUGUUCGAUUUUAUUUUCUAGCACGCCUGCCGUCCUUCCCUGAAACGUCCCUUUCCCAGUACUGACUCGUUUCUCCCAGCCCCAGGCUGCACUCGCGAACUUCCAUCAUGGCUUCCUAGGGGGCACCUACCACGCCGAGCCUCAUGCUGACAACCCCCGGACAAGAGUAAGAGUCGGAAGCGCGAGACAUCUAAGAAGAUGGUAUUGAAGGAGAUUCCAACUGAAAGUGUUGCCCGGCCCUUGGGCCGGAAUGAAGUUAUUGGUUUACUCUUCCGACUGACUAUAUUUGGUGCAGUCACCUACUUCACCAUAAAGUGGAUGGUUGAUGCCAUUGAUCCCACAAGGAAACAGAAAAUGGAAGCACAGAAACAGGCAGAGAAACUCAUGAAGCAGAUCGGUGUGCAGAAUGUCAAGCUCUCAGAGUAUGAGAUGAGCAUCGCAGCACAUCUGGUGGACCCACUGACCAUGCAGAUCACAUGGAGUGAUAUUGCUGGCCUAGAUGAGGUCAUCACUGAGCUGAAAGACACUGUCAUACUUCCCAUACAGAAGAGACACUUGUUUGAGGGAUCCAGACUGCUUCAGCCACCAAAAGGUGUGCUGCUGUAUGGACCACCUGGCUGUGGAAAGACGCUGAUUGCCAAAGCAACUGCCAAGGAAGCUGGCUUCCGCUUCAUCAACCUGCAGCCUUCCACCCUCACAGACAAGUGGUAUGGAGAGUCCCAGAAACUGGCUGCUGCCGUCUUCUCUUUAGCCAUUAAGCUCCAGCCCUCAAUCAUCUUCAUCGAUGAAAUUGACUCUUUCCUGAGAAGCCGUUCCAGCUCUGACCACGAGGCCACAGCCAUGAUGAAGGCUCAGUUCAUGAGCUUGUGGGAUGGGCUGGAAACUGACUACAACUGCCAGGUCAUCAUUAUGGGGGCCACUAACCGUCCACAGGAUCUCGACUCUGCCAUUCUGAGGAGAAUGCCCACAAGAUUUCACAUUAAUCAGCCUAAUGUCAGGCAGAGGGAAGAAAUCUUGAAACUCAUAUUGGACAAUGAAAAUGUUGAGCCCACUGUUGACUUUGUUGAGAUAGCGAAGGAGACUGAUGGAUUCUCAGGGAGUGACCUCAGAGAGUUGUGUAGGGACGCUGCUCUGCUCUGUGUGCGGGACUUUGUCCAUAACACCCAUGCCAAUGACAGUCUAGAAGAGGAUUGCAUCCGGUCCAUCCAGCAGCAAGACAUGCAGAGGGCCAUCCAGAAGAUGAGGAAGUCCAAGUCUGCAGGGGGACAGAGUGUACUGAUGCAUGCUGCUAUGGAUUGAGUCUUGAUGUGCAAAAGAGAACUAUUAAGCCUCUGGCUAUGUUUUCCCUAUGUAUAAAGAGUACUGAUAGAAAUCAUUAAGAGAUACACAUAAUGUAAAGUCUAUCAUAAUAUCACUUUGUAACAUUUUACUUCAACAAUUAAUUUAGAACAAUUUGGUUCAUUGCAUUUACAUUAAAUAUUUUGGUCAAAAUGCAAUUUAUUUAUCUUGAAGUUAGGUGUUACAUGAUACUUAUGUUGGUAUUAGUUUCUUAUCCAUGUCUGCUCAACCAAGGUCUCACCGAAGCAUGCUCUCAGACUGCAAAAUAUGAGCACAGCUUUGGAUCCGUUCAGGUUUGACAGCACACAUGCUCGUCCUUAUUACACACACAGCAAUAUUGAUUUAGCCUUGGCCUUUCACCUUCCAUUUUUUAUCUGAACAUAAUUUCUUUUGGUACUGUAUAUUUUUGGGCUAUUCAGAUUAUUAUUUUUAUCAAACUAGCUAGUGUAACAUCUGUAAUAAAAUGUGCUACUUUUAGUAGGCACCGUCAUCCUUUGACUAUUAGCUAAAUGUUAUACAAUGAGUGGUUCUCGGAUGUCUGAAUUAUGAGUUCGAUCAUGCAUGAUAAAAGUUUCUAUAUCAGACAGAGCAAUUCAACUUUUCAUCGAAAGUCAAUUAUCGCUGUGGAUGUUGUGAAGAGAACACGAUGCAAAGAUGCUUGGGGUAAAGAUUAGUGUCGUGGCCUUCCAUUUCUUUCUAGUAAAUACAUAAGAGUAGGUUAGAGCUGUAAUAUCGUGAGCUGCUAAUGUUAAGGUAUUUAUUAUUCAUUUAUUAUUUGAGUUUACUUUUGUUUUUAAAACUUCAAUAGAUCAGGAAACCUGUGUGACAGGUUGUGUGUGUGUCUGUGCUUUCAGGUCCUUUUUAUGUUCCCUUGUCAGUCCAGGUUUCAUUAACAGAAUAUAGAAACUGCUUGUGAAUACUUCCUGUGCUGAUUGUCGUGUCUCUUAUGCUGCAUUCAUGUGCUAGUCGGAACUAGGAAACUCGGAAAUGUCAGACUUGCUAACUGGUUGUAGUUAUAUACGUGCCGCCUUCAAGUCGGAAAUGUCAAGAGUUUCCUAGUUCUGACUAGCACGUGAACACAGCAUUAUAGUUUCUGUUUAUCUCUUAUGAUGAACAGGAUGCUUAAUUGUUGGGUGAUUGAUUAUUUAUUCAUGACAAACUUCUAGUAUCUCCCACAAGCAACAGCCAUUGGAACUUGUAAAUGUAUUGAAUGUGUGAUUGCCAAUUCAUAGUUUACUUGAAUGACAAGUUCUGUGGACAUAUCGUUUCGGGGAUUGGUGGAAAUAGUUUUGUUUAUUUUUUAACUUUUGUUUCGAUAAAAUAUGCUUGCUUUUCUUUUUAAUUUUAAAUAAUGGUAUUGUUGAUAAGUUCCUGAUUGUGACUAAUAUGUUAAUUGAAUAAUGUUUUUUCAGUUAACAAAUCGUCCGAUGCGCUUCCUUUGUAUUACCCUGCAUUCUGGUGUCUGCUAAAAUAUAUUACACAAAUACAUAUUUUGAUGUCAUGUAAUGUAUUUGCUUGACAUUUCCUAUACUCUGAAAAGUAUUCUGAAAUAUAAAAAGGUAAAUAAGAACAUGAGUUAAUAUGGCAUCACUUGAUAUAUACCCAUUCCACUCACAUACCACAAACUUCUUGGUCACUCAUCUAUGGAAUUACAUAAUUUGUCUUCUCACAGCUUAUUAAACAUCUAUCAUAAAUGUUUUUAGUUACUACCUUGGCUGUUCAGAUGCAGUUAAAAUGCAUAGAUAGGUAACAAAAGUGAUCUGUUAAUAAAAUAUUCAUAUUGAUUUCUC